UCAGAGAUGGGGUUUCUUUAAAUGGCAGCGUGCUCCAUUUAUUUUAAAAGCCUGCUGUCUAUAUCUAUUUUUAAACCUCUGUAUGCAGGCCUGCAUACAACAAAGUAAGUAAGCUGUGUAACAUGUCUCUUCACUUCUUUCAUUUUUAAUAUUAAAAAGUCCAGGGCAAAAAACAAACAGAACAACAACAAAAAAGAGCACAGAUACAGAAAUGUACACCUGGUUCUUUAACAGUUGCAUAAUCAGGAUAUAUUUUUGUCUUUUUAAAAAAACGAUAGAUUGCACUAUUCAAUAUCCGCUCGCCCACGUUUCCUCACACGCACACACGUGUGCAUUUACACCCUCUCCCAUUUAUCGUCCACACUUCGUCUAAGUGACAGCGUCACCAUGGUUACACUGGCACAAAAUGAUUGAUGGCUUAAGGCGACCAAUAAGGUGGCACCCUACCGUGGGUUUGGAUGAUGGCUUUCUGUCUCCUGAUAAGCAGAGAGCAUUAGAGGAGACUAAAAGCUACACUACUCAAUCCCUGGCCAGCGUCGCCUACCUGAUCAACACACUCGCCAACAAUGUGCUGCAGAUGCUCGACAUCCAGGCGUCUCAGCUACGCCGCAUGGAGUCCUCCAUCAACCACAUCUCACAGACGGUCGACAUCCACAAAGAGAAGGUGGCCAGGCGUGAGAUUGGCAUCCUCACUACCAAUAAGAAUACCUCUCGCACACACAAGAUCAUCGCUCCGGCCAAUCCCGAGAGGCCUGUGCGCUACAUCCGCAAGCCUAUCGACUACAGCCUGCUGGACGACGUAGGACAUGGCGUGAAGGUGAACGCCCAGAACAUGAAAGCAGGCACGACCCCACGCACAGGUGCCCCUACGCAGAAACCACCCAGCCCUCCAGGCCCGGGGAAGGGCACUAUUGGGCGCCACUCACCAUACAGGACGCUCGAACCCGUGCGCCCCCCCGUCAUUCCUAACGACUAUGUGCCGAGCCCGACCCGCAACACAGCUCCGCCCCUCCAGAGCCCGGCACGCACCGCCUCCGUUAAUCAGAGGACCCGCACGUACAGCAGUGGCAGUAGCGGAGGAAGUCACCCAAGCAGUCGCAGCAGCAGCCGAGAGAACAGCGGAAGUGGCAGUGUGGGCGUGCCUAUUGCCGUGCCGACGCCGGCCCCUCCCACUGCAUUCCCAGGUACUGCCUCCACAUCCCCGAACCCCCCCAAGCCCCCUCCCAGUGUGUCUAUCCCGGCUCCCCCAGCACCUCCUCCACCUCCUACCCCUGAACCCACACCUCCUGCUGCCCCUCCUGCUCCCCCUGAGAUCCCUCCUCCCCCACAACUGCCCCCCACCACUGGCACCGUGACCGCGCAAGGAAAUGGACCUCAGUUCUACAGCAUGAACCGACCAAUGGCACGGCAAAAUACACCUUCGGUAGGCGGGUCUCUGCCGUAUCGCAGGCCGUCCUCGGUCACCAACCAGCCGAGCAACGCACCUCAGAACACUCACGCAAGCAUGAGCCAGACCCAGCUUAACGGAGGACCACACUACAACCAGAACCAAGCCUCCAUGGCACCGCCUCCUCCCUCCAUAUUACAGAUCACACCCCAGCUGCCUUUGAUGGGCUUUGUGGCUCGGGUUCAGGAGACCAUCUCAGACGCACCUCCUCCUCUGCCCCCUGCGGAAGAGCCGGCGUUUGUGGACUCUGCUCCGCCCCCGCCUCCACCAGAGGACUAUGAGGAUGAGGAGGGCGACGAGGAUGAAGAGUCGGCAGUGGUGGAGUACAGCGACCCGUAUGCCGAGGAGGAUCCGCCAUGGGCUCCUCGCAGCUACCUGGAGAAAGUGGUGGCGAUCUACGACUACACGCGCGACAAAGAGGACGAGCUGUCCUUCCAGGAAGGAGCGAUCAUCUACGUCAUCAAGAAGAACGACGACGGAUGGUUCGAGGGCGUCAUGAGCGGCACCACGGGGCUCUUCCCCGGAAACUACGUCGAGUCCAUCAUGCACUACGCUGACUGAGCCACCUGGAGGAGCUGCUCUCCAUCUCUCACUCUCUCAUUCCGUCUCCCACACUCAACCGACAACCUCUCUCUUACACACCCAUACACACGCUCACACGCACAGACCUCAUCACACACUGACCCAGAGGUGACACAGAACAACAUCUGGACAUGUGACAAAGAGGACGAUACACAUCUGUAUAUUUGUGAAAAUUUUGUUUGUCUUUUUUCCAGACUCAGAUCUAUCUCAUUAGUGAACUUUGUGUGUGUGACUGUUGGGAGACUGAUAUCUUUUAAGAUUUAGACUUAAAGAUUUAUAAGGACCAUUUUUUUUUUGUCUUAAUUUGAGUCUUAUAGAAACACUAAAUGUUCCUGCUGCUGGUUUUGCUCGACACUAGGUGAACUAGACUGUGUACUUCUGUUCCCUUGACUCGUUUUUUUUUUUUUUUCUUCCCCUCCUGCACUGAGAGAUUACUGAAGGACAGUGAGAAGGACGUCGUCUCUCAGCUCCUCCUUUCCCGACUCUCCUGACACUCAGUGUUGUGGACACGAACACGAUCAGCACAUGAAACGGAGUAUUCGUUUUCUCUUUCAUUAAGGAAGGGGUCUUGUUCUCAGUAUAGGGCUGGGCGAUUAUUCCGAUUUUUACUUCCCAACCAUCUCUGAAAAUGUUGAUAAUGAAUGGUCUCGCUGCAAACAGCCAAUCAGGGCAAACCUGGCACAAAUGAUUGACAUUAAUCUAGAAAAGAGGCGGGGCCUGUUCAAACUAUUUCAGCUCACUGCUCUUAAAUCAUCUGUUUCUUAAAGGAAAACUCUACUCUGAAACGCAUUAUACAGUCCCUCCAGGAUUUUGCGAUCGCAGAAAUGAACGCAAAAGCAAGUAGAAUCCGCAACAAUCGGAGGAGCUUGCAAUUUUUCUAAAUUACUGCAGAUUUUCCGCAGAAUUGGGCAGAGACGUCACGUGACGUCAUCACAACGCGCACUCAGCCGAAGCCCUCUUCCAUUCACAUGCAUCGAACAUGAGUACAGCUAAAAGGUCUCGUUUAGCAACGAACAUCACUGCGAAAGACCGCGCAAAACAAUUCAGUGAAAUUAGUUUCAUCAAUUCAUGUAGUUUUCUGCAAAAUAAAAAAAACCCUCAGUGAAAUCCUGUAUGGACUGAAUAAAUAUGUGUAGCCUAUAAUGCGUGUCACAUGCUGACAUCAUGGCGAAUCGUCGUUGGCGCCAAAAAACAAACUGGCUUCUAUUCUCACUCGCAGUUUUCCAGUGACGUUCAGCAUCAUAUUAAUGCCAAAGCCAACGUAGGAGUAUUAGAGAUGUUUACUCCCUCGAAGAGAGCGCAGAGCAGCUACAUGAUGCUUCAGCAGAGGAAAUGAGUUACGGCAGAGACUCCUCGAUGACAUCGAGGUCAGGAUUCACACGUGGAUCCUUCCUGAGGGAGUGUCACACAUGAGAAGAUGAGAGACUGAGACACAGUAAAUCACUAAAGCGCCGCUGCAUCGCUGUGUUCGGAUAAUCUUCACUGUGGGUAGUCAGAAGUGAAGAGACUAACGUUAACUAUAAAGAUUAAUACGCGGGUUAUUCAGCGCGGAGUUUUCCUUUGAACCCUCAUAAAGGCAUUUUCUAAAACAUCGAUUGUGGUAAUUUCCCCCACAUUGCCCAGCUCUAGUCUGUUUUUAUUAUUUAUUUUCUCCUCCUCUCCCCUUUUCAUUCCACUUCGUCACUUUGCAGUCUUUAGCGGUAGUUUAUACCAAAGGAUACCGUCAGAUGUGCACAGUGGAGCGUAAACGACGGGACGAGUUUUCCGUUUCCUUUCUUACCAUUGACACUUUUACAUCAGAGAUUUACAUUGAAGACUUUACCGAUUCUCUGUAUUUGUGUGAGUGUGUGUGUAUGUGUGUGUGUUUGCUAAAGCUAUUGAAAUUAAGCUCGUGCCAUAAAGAAGUGUUUAUAGAUAGUGAGAGAUGUUUAUGAAGAAGAUUCUUUACGAUUCUAUUACAGCUCGCGCCACCGCUGUUUGUGUUUGUGGGGAAAAAUAACUGAAGCUCUAGAAUAAUUAUUUUUUUGGACCAGCUCUGGACUUGAAAAUACAACACUAUGUGGAUGUGAUACUAUAUUGCUUAUUACAAUUAUUAUUAUUAAUGAUGAUGAUGUCGGUGUAUAUGACGAUGUAAGAAUAAGAGACCCUCCCCCUUUUCACCUGCAAUAAGGUUAGCACAGAGAGAAGAUAGCACAAGCGUUUGUGUGAGUGGAAGAAACUGAAACCAGCCCAAACUGCUGAACAUCCUCACAGAGCCGUGGUUUGUUCUCCUUCUUUUUUUUAAGUUAAUUUUUUACACUAUGAGGUACAACGAUGUCUAUACAUGUGUUAGUGUGUGUGUGUGUGUGUGAGAGAGAGAGAGUGUGUGUGUGUGUGUGUGUAUGUGAGAGAGAGAGAGUGUGUGUGUGAUGUGAGCAUGAAUGUGUUGUGUGAUCCCGAUGGUUGUGAACUAUUUGCUCGCCCGUGCAAAUUUUCUUUCUUUCUAUGGAGGGUUAGUGGUCGUGUGUGAACUGACUCCUGCAUGUUGAUCAUUUCUGUGACUUUAUUAUUAUUAUUAUUAUUAUUUUCUGCUGAUGGAGAAUAAACUGGAUUGAUCUAGUCUGCACAACUCA